CUUCGGUGUCUGACAUCCAACGUUGUUCGUUUAUCCCCGUUCUCCAGCUGCAAGCUAAUUCUUUAUUCCCAAAAUGCGUGAGGUACUCUCGGUACACAUCGGCCAAGGAGGCGUGCAGAUGGGUAAUGCUUGUUGGGAGUUGUACUGUUUGGAACACGGUAUACAACCCGACGGCAUGUUGCCGCCACAAAAUUGCGCAACCGACGAGGGCUUUCAGACCUUCUUCAGCGAGACCGGCGGCGGCAAGUACGUGCCCCGAGCCGUCUUCCUCGACCUCGAACCCACGGUGAUAGACGAGGUGCGCACGGGAACAUACCAUCAGCUGUUCCAUCCCGAGCAGCUGAUCUCCGGCAAGGAGGACGCCGCGAAUAAUUAUGCGCGCGGUCACUACACCCUCGGCAAGGAAAUCAUCGACCUCGUGCUCGAUCGGAUUCGCAAGAUAGCCGACAUGUGUUGCGGCCUCCAAGGCUUCCUCAUCUUCCACGCGUUCGGCGGUGGCACCGGUUCCGGCUUCGCCAGUCUGCUGAUGGACCGUCUGUCCAUGGACUACGGCAAGAAGUCGAAGCUGGAAUUCGCCAUCUACCCGUCGCCGCAGAUUUCUACCGCCGUGGUGGAGCCGUACAACGCCAUCCUGACGACCCACACUACUCUGGAGAACUCGGACUGCGCGUUCCUCGUGGACAACGAGGCGAUCUACGACAUUUGCCGGCGCAAUCUCGACAUUGAGCGGCCGACCUACACGAACCUUAACCGGCUGAUCGGCCAGAUCGUCUCGUCGAUCACGGCGUCGCUGAGGUUCGACGGCGCCCUCAACGUUGACCUCACCGAGUUUCAGACCAACCUCGUGCCUUAUCCCAGAAUACACUUUCCGUUGGCGACCUAUGCGCCCAUCGUGUCCGUUGAGAAGGCUUACCACGAACAGCUGACGGUAAUGGAGCUCACGUCGGCUUGCUUCGAGCCGUCCAUGCAGAUGGUCAAAUGCGAUCCACGAAGAGGCAAGUACAUGGCCUGCUGCUUGCUGUACCGAGGCGACGUCGUCCCGAAGGACGUGAACGCUUCCAUCGCGACCAUCAAGACCAAGAGGACGAUACAGUUCGUCGACUGGUGCCCGACCGGAUUCAAGGUAGGGAUCAAUUACCAACCGCCAACGGUGGUGCCGGGUGGCGAUCUCGCGAAGGUGCAGAGAGCAAUGGCCAUGUUGGCGAACACCACGGCCAUCUCCGAGGCGUGGAGCCGACUGAACCGGAAAUUCGAUCUGAUGUUCAGCAAACGAGCGUUCGUGCACUGGUACGUCGCCGAGAACAUGGACGAGAACGAGUUCAACGAAGCUAGGGAGGACCUGGCGGCGUUGGAGAAAGACUACAAAGAAGUCGCCGCGGACUCUGUGGAUAUCGAAGAUGAAGAAUUGUAGAUUUUCCCGCGCUUGCAGCGAGAACGCACGCGUCGCGGUGGGAUAAACGAAUGUUACGUUAUCGGUGUCGCAUCGUUUUCUCUCUCCCCCUCUUAUACUCACAUAUAUAUACAUCUUUUUAUUUACAAUUUUAUUUUGUACACGCACAUACAAUUGUACGUCGUCUUUUUUUUGUUGUCUCCUGUACAUGUCCUUUGUAUAUCGCUUUUAUUAUAGACACGUCGCGAGAUACUCGUGCAUUCAGUCGCCUUCAUGAGAUAGCUGAAUCCACGAAGCUCAUCUUGCGACGGAUUUACAAG